CUACUACGUACGUACGUUGUGUGAAAUUUCGAUUUUGCGUUUUGUAGGCGGCUGAUCUGAUUAGAUUUUCUUUUUCUUAGUUUGUUAAUAAGUUUAGAAGAACUAGAAAUAAAUAUGUCGCGGCAAACAUCAAGACUUGAUGCCAAGAAAGUGAAUUCAGAGCUCUUAACGCUCACGUACGGUGCUUUGGUCUCUCAAAUGUUGAAAGAACAAGAAAACUCAGAGGAUGUCAACAAGCAAUUGGAGAGAAUUGGUUAUAAUAUGGGCGUAAGACUGAUCGAAGACUUUCUUGCCAGGACUACUUCAACUAGAUGUUUGGAAAUGAGAGAAACAGCGGACAAAAUACAGCAAGCUUUCAGACUAUACCUCAACAUGCAGCCAACGGUCACAAGUUGGAGCAGCGCAGGCGAUGAGUUCUCCCUCGUCUGGGACCAGUGUCCGCUCAGUGAGUGGGUGGAGAUGCCCAACAACGGCCUGAAGUACUGCGCACUGAUACCGGGGGCGAUACGGGGCGCGCUGCAGAUGGUGCAGUUGGACGUUCAGUGCUGGUUUAUACAGGACCAGUUAAAAGGCGAUCCGGUCACAGAGCUACGAGUGAAGUACAUCAAAAGGUUAGAAGACGCAGUGCCCGCUGGAGAAGAUUAAUUAUUUAAACAGCAAUGUAUGUUUCCAAUUAUACUAUUAUUAUAGAAUGGUUAAGAUCUUGUGGAGUCAUGUAGAUUACGAUGAGAUCUCUAUUUCAUCUUAUAAUUACUAGAAAUGGCUGUCAAAGGUCUAUGUAACCAAUCGCCAGAUACAUUUUACUUGAAGAAUUGUUUGCUCUGUUCUAAAUAAGAAAAACUGGAAAAAUAUACCUUUUUACACAGGUUUAGUGGAGGGCUUCUAAGCGCCCUCUAGCGGAUUUUUACUAACAAAAAUUACAUGAAGUCUUGUACAGCUUCAAUAGAUGGCGUUAAAACCUAAACCUGUCUUAGAUAAUAAUCAAAAUUAUUAUAAUAAAAUUAUUUGGCCUACAAGUUUGGCGAUAGAAGUAUUUGCCCUAGGUACCUAAUUACCUAUUAUUAUGGUGUAUCGACUUUGAUCAAAAUAAUAAUGAAAUUGUAUAAAAGGGUAAAUGAGAGGUGUUGUGAAUGAUGGCUUCUUGCUGAUACAACCACAACCUUAUGUACCCACUGUAUUUCAAACCUGUUUAAAAACCAUGCAACAUUAUUAUGUUUCUAAUUUAUAAAUUACACGGCACCUCUAAACAGGUGCCUAUUUUCAUAUUUGGCGAUGUAGGUACAUUAUCAAUUUAUUAUAAUUGUCAGUUUUCCUGGUUGAAACGAUUUAUUACUGUCAGUUUUAUUAAUAGUCUGAUAGCAUAUUUAAGAUGUAAAGUGUUUAACUUUAAAUAAACUCUAUUUAUAG